GAAAUGAAGUUCAAAACGUGGCGAAAGCGCGUUAAAUGCAGCCACGGGGAGCGGGAAACAGUGACACUCGUGACACUCGUGACGCGUGGAGUGUUCUUUUAUCACCGUGUUAGCCUCAGCUUAAUGGCGUCGUUCUGUUUUUCAAGGAGAAACUUUAUUGUGACGUAAAGUUUCCGAGCAAGGUGCCUUCCUGUCGCGACUUACUCCUGAAGCGAAUGUCCGUACGGGAUUCUGCCGAUUUAAUGUUUGCUCUCUCGCCGGUCAGCCGGACUUUAAGAUAGAACUUUGAUUCAUAGGGUAUUUUACUUGUGCUCAUGUUUUGUGAAAUACGGCUUAGAGUCGAGUGACCACCAGCCCCGUGUUUACAUGACAGUAGCGUUUUACUGCUCGGACUCUUCACGUUAGUAAAACCGCUCCACCGUUGGGUCUGAAUGGCUGCGCGAGUCCUUAAAUGUGUAUAAAGUGGAUGACAUUUGGUGCGCAGGAUUAUGACCGCCCGAGUUCUCAUGUCAGUGUAAAGGGGCGACAUUUAAGGAAACUUAACCUAAAUGUAUUUAAUCUAUGUUUAAUGUUGUUUUAGGUUCAAUGUUAGUUGAUCAAGAGUCAUCGAUCGACAGCUAGCAACCAGUGCUGUGUCCGUGCAUGAUGCCUGAUGACAUGUCCAGGCCUUUGGUGCGAGGAGGCGGAGCAGGAGGCGGAGCAGGAGGCGGCUCCUGGGGUCUGGAAGCCACCUCAUGUGAACCUGGAGAUCCGCUCAUCGGCAUCCUGGGUACGGGCGACUUUGCCCGCUCUCUGGCCCGGCGGCUCGUGGCGUCGGGCUACCAUGUGGUGGUGGGGAGCCGGAACCCUAAGCGCUGCUCGUCUGUGUUCCCUGAAGACACCGAGGUGACCUCUCAGGUGGAGGCGGUCACUCACGCUGACCUGAUCUUCGUCGCUGUGUUCCCUGAACAUCACUCCACGCUGCUGCCUCUGAAGCCGGUGCUGGUGAGGAAGACGCUGGUGGACGUGAGCAACGGUCUGCGUAUGAACCGAGCCGGGCCUUCAAACGCCAGUCUGCUGGCCGACAUGUUCCCUGAGAGCUGCGUCGUCAAAGGCUUUAACACCAUAUCGGCGUGGACGCUCCAGGUGGGACCUCGGGACGGAAGCAGGCAGGUGUUCCUCUGCAGUGACCAUCACCGGGCCAAGAACUGUGUGAUGCAGAUUUGUCGCAGGAUCGGCUUCGUCCCCGUGGACAUGGGCCUCCUGUCCUCCGCCCUGGACGUGGAAAACCUUCCCUUCCACCUGUUUCCGUCCUGGCACGUCCCCGUCCUCUGCACGCUGUCCCUGUUUGUCUUCUUCUACCUCUACAACUUCCUGCACGACGUCCUUCACCCCUUCGUCAAAGAGGGGAAGAGUGUUUUCUACAGGAUGCCAGUAGAGACGCUCAACACCACGCUUCCGUCCGUUGCCUUGGUGAUGCUGGCGCUGGUCUACCUGCCCGGUCUGUGCGCCGCCUUCCUCCAGCUGCGGCGCGGCACUAAGUACAGACGCUUCCCGAGCUGGCUGGACCGCUGGUUAACCAGGAGGAAGCAGUUUGGACUGUGCAGCUUCCUGUGUGCAGCUCUUCACGCCGUCUACAGCCUGUGUCUCCCCCUGAGGAAGUCGGCGCGCUACGCGCUGCUCGCCGCCGCCGUCAGACAGGUGUCGGACGGCGUGGAGGACGCGUGGGUGGACGAGGACGUGUGGAGGAUGGAGCUGUAUCUGUCUGCAGGGAUCAUGGCUCUGGGUCUGCUGUCGCUGCUCGCCGUCACAUCACUGCCCUCAGUGAGCAGCGCCACCAACUGGAGGGAGUUCAGCUUCAUACAGUCCUCUCUGGGUUACUGCGCCCUCUUCAUGGCCACCCUGCACACCCUCCUCUUCGGCUGGGACCGGGCCUUCCAGGCGGACCGGUACCACUUCAACCUGCCGCCCACCUUCGUCCUGGUCCUCCUGCUCCCUCUGCUGGUGCUGCUGGGCCGCGUCGCCCUCUUCCUGCCGUGCGUGGCGCUGCGGCUGCGGCGGAUUCGCCGCGGCUGGCAGAAGAACCAGCACGUGCGCUUCACGCGGCUGAACGACGGCGUGGAGGACGUCAGUAACGUGUGAAUGAUUCGUAGGGUUUGGACUGAAGCUCCUUCUGCUGCCUGUUGAUUAAAUCCAAUGAUUUAUGUUGAUUUUUAACAAACUAACGGCGUUUCUUAGUUUGACCUCAUUAUUUAUUCUCAGAAUCUCCGUUUGAAUCCCUAAAAUGUUCCACUACAAAAAACACUUUGAGAGUUUUAUUUUUCGAGACAGACGUGAAAAACCAACUAAUAUCCACCGUCAUUGUGACUCCAUAGUUACUGUGUACUGUCCCUUUAAAAGUGUCAAAGAAUAAAAAAUAAUCAUAAAAAUAUUUAUAUAUUUAGUGUUAGAAGCCAGGGGUCUGAAACGCUGUAUAAACUAACACUUCCUGCUGCUGCACCUUCACAAUAAAGCAUCGGAAUGGCUUUUAUUGUGAAAGGGGAACAGGAAAUACAAUCUUUAUUUCAACAGGAGGCGAGUGGAGCUGCUGUCCGAUGUUAGUGACGACGAAGACGCGACAUCGCAAACAGAAACAUCGGGAGUGUUUUUAAUCAGCGUCAAAGAUUUGUUGUGGUGCGUUCACGCACACACACACACACAGACGUGACGGACAUUUUUAUCAUUAUUAUUAUUGAUUAUCUUUAGAAGAUGCAAACAUUUCUGACCACGACAUCGGAAGACUCUUCGCACUGCCUGGCCUUUUCAGACGCUACAUCGCGAGUUACUGAAGAGACUGAAAAAUGAGCGUCUUUUGUACGUAAUCUCAAAAAUUAGCUUUGUAUUCUGUGUGACCGCAUCAUUUUAAAAAUGUGAAAUGUAGCGUACAACAUAUAUCGUUCUUUGUCUUUAGAAUAAGAAUAAGUAUACGUUUGCUAACUUGCAUUCUGCUAAUCAUUUUUUGUACAACAUUCACUGUGAAUCAGUUCAUUUCAACCAACUACUGUAUUACAUAUGUUUACUUCCUGGCUAA